GGACAGCAGAGGUUACGAGCCAUGAGGUCGCCGCUGCUGCUUGCUGCGCUCGCGAUCGCCGCCGGGCUGCCCGCCGUCCGUGCGCAGGGCAUCGCUGACAGCUUCAUCUCUGGGCUGCUGGACUCGAUAACGAGCACGGAGGAGGCGAGGGACUGCCCGGGCAUGUGCGUGCACAAGUGGGCGACGCUGAUCUGCUACGAGGUGCUGGAGGACGUGGCCUGCCCGUCGGCCACGAUGCGCUGCUGCCUGGAGGAGCCGGGCAACGCCACCGCCGCCCAGCCGGCCGCCGACAGGCCCUCGCCGCCCCCGCCACCGCCCCCGAAGCACCAGCCGCACACCAAGCCGCCGCCCUCCACCACGCGACGCCCACAGUCUUCAGAUCCUCCAUCGAAGUCCGAAGCUUCUACGACGUCUUCGCCCCCCACAGCAUCGGACAAAAAGGACACGGUGAAGCCCUGCCCGGGCCUGUGCGUGGCGGAGCGCAUCGCCGAGUACUGCGACGCGGUGCUGGAGGCGGCCGAGCUGUGCGGCGCCGGCAUGCGCUGCUGCGUGUCCCGCGACGCCUUCCCCGAAGCUCAGCCGCCGCCCAGCCUGGCCGAGCGCAACGCCAGCCGCCCCACGGCGCCACCGCCCACGCCCUCUUCGCCGCCCCCCGCCGGCGCUCCCCCGUCGCCGUCCCCGUCGCCCGCGGCGCCGAAGCAGCCGCCGCCACAGCCGCCGCCGCCCAAGCGCGUGCCCAAGCCUUGCCGCGGCGAGUGCGUGGGCAGCUUCCUCGCGCUGCUCUGCGAAGACAUCGACACCGAGGCGACGUGCCCUGACGACGGCAACUGCUGCGUCACCUACUACUCCCCGCUGGCGCCCUCCUCGCCGGCUCCCAAACCUCUCAGCACCACCACCACGGCGCCGCCGCAGAUGGUGACGGCGCCUCUGCUGCAGUCGACGCACGCGCUGCCGCGGUGCCCGGGCUUCUGCCUGCUGCGGCUGAUGUCGGGUCUGUGCGAGCGGCCGGCCGUGGUGAUCCCGCACACGUCGACGUGCGGCCGCGACUCGGUGUGCUGCGACAACACGCGCCAGCCGCCCACCACCAGCCGGCCGGCCAGGCCGCGGCCGCGGCCCACGCCGCUCCCGCAGCCCAGCACCACGGCGGCACCCGACCCGCGGCCCGACUGCCCUGGCUCUUGCAUCGUCUCCUACCUCUCCUUCACCUGCUUCCGUAAUGCAGAAAUGACAGAUCUCUUCAAGUGCCGUAAGUCUGGCACACAAUGCUGUGCAUCAAAAACUCUCAUCCGUGAAACAAUUGAAGAGAAAUCAGGGCAUUCGUCAGACCAGAACCAUACUGUUACUGCAGUUGAACCAUAUCGUCCAACUUUAAGGCCAUCACACCAUCCAGCACCACACAACCCAUAUACAACAAGUGUGGCUGCAACAACUACCACUUCAACAACAAGACCACCAGUUUACAGCAAGUAUGUAUGUGGUGUGAAGGGUACAGCACGCCAUGGUAGAGUUGUAGGUGGAGAGGAUGGGGAUCCUGGUGAAUGGUGCUGGCAAGUCGCUCUCAUAAAUUCCCUAAACCAAUAUCUCUGUGGUGGAGCACUCAUUGGCACUCAGUGGGUUCUUACAGCUGCACACUGUGUUACAAAUAUUGUGAGAUCUGGUGAUGCUAUCUACGUGCGUGUUGGUGACCAUGAUUUGACACGUAAAUAUGGAAGCCCAGGUGCACAGACAUUGCGUGUAGCAACAACAUACAUCCAUCACAACCAUAACAGCCAAACCCUGGAUAAUGACAUAGCAUUGCUGAAGUUACAUGGACAAGCUGAGCUCAAGGAUGGUGUGUGUCUAGUCUGCUUGCCUGCCAGAGGAGUUAGUCAAGCAGCUGGAAAGCGCUGCACUGUCACGGGAUAUGGAUAUAUGGGAGAGACUGGUCCUAUCCCACUGAGAGUCCGAGAAGCUGAAAUACCUAUUGUGAGUGAUGCAGAAUGUAUAAGAAAAAUCAAUGCAGUUACAGAAAAAAUCUUUAUCCUUCCAGCAAGCAGUUUUUGUGCUGGUGGAGAAGAAGGAAACGAUGCAUGUCAGGGAGAUGGAGGUGGGCCACUGGUUUGUCAAGAUGAUGGAUUUUAUGAACUAGCAGGUUUGGUAUCUUGGGGAUUUGGAUGUGGCCGAGCUGAUGUCCCAGGUGUCUAUGUGAAAGUUUCCUCCUUCAUUGGUUGGAUUAAUCAGAUUAUCAGUGUAAAUAAUCUGUAGCGAACAGAGAUAAUAGAACAUAAUUUCACUCUGUAAAUAACUCAUUCUAUUUAUAUCAUCAUUAAAUAUUUUUAUCACUGAGUUUACAGUAUCAUUUAGUGCAGUAGUAUCAAUCACCAUCAAACAUCAUAAGUAAUGCAAUAGAAUUUAUCUCAGGGUUUGAUGCCUAAAAUACAAUCAUGAUGUCUGAUAGUUGAAAAGUAUUUCAGUUUUAAGUGUAAUACAGCACAACAAAUGCAUACUGUAUUUAAAAUUUAAACAUUGUAUAAUAUCAUCUUCUAUAAUAUCUGACUGAUGCCACAGAACAUAUAAGUUUCA